UAAAUUUGUUGUGAAAUCUCUGCUAAAAGUUUUUUCUUCUCUAAUUUCACAUUCUGUCCAGCCUAUAGACUGACACAAUACAGGAAAAAUUCUAAAUUUUGAUCAUAUUUUGCAGGGUAUUUGGAGAAUUGCACACAAAAUGUCGUUUUUUGGAGGGAAAGAUCCUUUUGAUCACCCGUUUUUCACUCAGCCUUUCGGUGGCUUGUUUGGUGGGACGCACCCGUUUGUUGAUCCAUUUUUCACCAGCAAUUUUGGUAAUAAUUCGGGUCCCCGCAAGCAAAUUUCCAUUGAAGAGCUGAACCCUGAUGAUGAUGGCAUCAGUGAUGCUAAAAGUUUGCCUAAACAAAACCUAUCUGUUAAGAAUUCAGAUGAAUCCCCAUCAGACUAUCAGAGUUUUAGCUUCCAGAGGGUCGCGUAUGGUGGUCCCGAUGGGAUAUACUACACCUCCUCUGUUGGGAGAAGGUCUGGGGGAGAUGGGGUGUUUCUGAUGGAAAUGAAAGAAGAUGAUCGGCUGGUUGGUGAAUCACUGCAUACCAUUUCUAAAGGGAUACAUGAUAAGGGGCAUUCUGUUACGACCAAACAAUCUAAGGAUGGCAGAGUUGAUUCAUUGCAAACGUUACACAAUUUAGAAGAAGAUGAGCUUGCUGGUUUUCAAGAAAAUUGGAAGACUAAUGCUGAGAAUGUUUUAUCUGGAUGGAGCGAUGGCUUCGGUCUACUUGAGAAUGCGGGUGCUAACAAAGGUGGAUGGGAGGAUUUUGGUGGUUGGGGUGGGUGGCCUUUCCCAUCUCUCGAGUAUUAUGGAAACGAGGGCGAAUAUCCUCAGCCAUCUUCUCGUGAUACCUCCAGAAGAAUUGUCCCUGUGGAGUGAAGUCUCCUCUAUCUAUCUAUCUAUCUAUCUAUCUAUCUAUCUACUACUAUGUUAUCUAAUGUGGAGAUGCAUGCUAUGCUGUUUGGGUUUUGUAUCUGUUAUCGUCACGAACCAUGUAUUUAUGGUCUCACUUUAUACUUGGUUUGGCUCUAGCCCUUGUACUUAGUUCGUGCAUCCGUAACUGGAUAUAGAACCUUAGUUUGGUGAACAAGAUGUGGCACUUUUUUAAGUCCUGUUGUUGUUGUCAACUAUUUUGUUGUUUCGACUAAAUUUGUCACGCUUAGUAAUUAUCGAAUGCCAAACUGUUUUCUCA